AUGGAACUGGAGCAUAAGGCCCAGUGGGCCAUUAAAACCCUUAACUUCGACCUCAAAGCCACAGGUAGUAAGAGAUUACUUGAUAUUAAUGAACUUUAUGAGAUCCGUCUGGACACCUACGAGAGUGCCUUGCUCUAUAAAGAGAAAAAGAAAAGAUGGCACGAUCAAAGGCUUAACAGACGUGAAUUUAAGAUUGGAGUUUCGGUUCAAGGGCCAACUAACACCUUCAAGGUGAGUGGUCACCGUGCUAAGCACUAUCACGUUGGAGAGCCAAUUAAGGCUUCAAAUGUCUUAUAUAUCCAGCCUAGUUAA